UUGAGUGAAGGGAAAUUCCCUCACCCUCCAACGUCCAGGGUGGGAACGCUCGGCUUCCGUCGGAACCCGCGGAGGCCGAACUUUCGGCGCCCCAUAUUCGUUUCCCCACCGAGCCCUCUGUUCUCUCUCCUCCUGAAAAUCUCUCUCCUUCUCUCUCUCCUCUUGAAAAUCCCUCUUUCUCUCUGCAAGAGUGAAGCAGGAAAACAGUACACAGGCACUCUCUCUUCCCGGAAAAUCUCUCCGUGUCUCCUCUUGUAAAUCUAUUCUCUACGGUUCUUCUCUCUUUCACUGUGCUUCUCUCUCUUCUCUCUUCUAUCUUCUCUCUCUUGGUCCCUCAUUGUCCUACCCUCUGCCCGCAAUCUCUCUCCCAUUAAAGAUCAACCAAGGUUCCCUCUCAUCAAAACUCAACCAAGCCUCACCCUGUCUUCUGAAGUCUGACUCCAGAUUAGUGAGGUGGAGCAGCUACACAAAGAUAUUCAAGCUGUGUGGUUCCCCCUCGGAGUGAUAUUGGAAGAAGUCAAAACUGCCUGAUGCAAAUAUUUAAGCCAUAUAAGAGGUGCAUAUCUGAGAUCUAUGCAACUGAUUUACACUCUUCUUGCCAUUGAUUAGCUGAACGUGGCACUGCCUCUGCUGCAUUCAGAAGUGAAGAUGGACAUUGCUCAAUAUCGGUUGGAUGGGAAUGCUGAUGCAGUAGAGUUCUGUCCUAACGAUCCAUUUCACCAUAUCCUAGCAGCUGCAACAUACACAUUGCAGGAGGGAGAUCAUCCUUGUCGACUGGGAAGCAUAUCUUUAUUCUCUAUCAAAAUCAAAGAAGGCCUCAAGUUGCUCCAACAUGUUGAAACAUCAGGUGUCUUUGAUAUUAAAUGGAAUCCUAGUCAUUGCAACAUACAUCCUCAACUUGCUCAAGCUGAUUCUGAUGGGUAUUUGACGCUUCAUGGUUUACAGUGUAGCUCAAGCAUAUCAGAAUUUGAUGGUGAAUUUCUUCAAGAACUCUGCAAAACCAAGAUCAGCUCUUCAAUGUGCCUUUGUUUAGACUGGAGCCCUUCUGCAAAAUCCAUUGCAACUGGCCUCUCUGAUGGUUCAAUGGCCAUUUCCACCCUUAGAGAGGGCAGUAUUCAUCCAGAGAAAGCCUGGAAAGCUCAUGAUUUUGAGCUCUGGUCUGCUUCUUUUGAUACCCAGCAGCCUGAAUUGAUUUACACAGGUGCUGAUGACUGUAAAUUUGCUGGUUGGGAUGUGAGAGAGAGUACCACAAAACCCAUAUUUCAAAACAGUAAAACCCAUAAGAUGGGUGUUUGCAGCAUAAGCAAGUGUCCAAAUAGCUUGAAUCUCUUGCUGACCGGAAGCUAUGAUGAGCACCUGAGACUAUGGGAUGUGCGGUCUAUGCAACGACCAAUUGUAGAGGAAGAACUGUGCUUAGGGGGAGGAGUAUGGAGGAUUAAGCACCAUCCAUAUUUAGAAGGCCUGCUUUUGGCAGCUUGCAUGCAUAAUGGGUUUUCAAUAAUUAGGAUUAAAGAUGGAGUUUUGGAAAUAGUCGAGAGAUAUGAUCGUCAUGAGUCUUUGGCUUAUGGGGCGGACUGGCAAAAGGUUGAUUCAUCUCAAUCAAGUGGUAUUGAAACAAAGUCUUUUGCAGCUACUUGCUCAUUUUAUGAUCAAUGUCUCCGUGUAUGGAUACCCAAAAAUUCUUGACUACAGAUAGAGAGAGAUUUGUGGAUUUGGGCCUCUUAGCAGGGAUAGAGUUAAAUUUGUUGGUCUGCAGUCAGAUAACUCCAAUCUGAGAAACAGUUCAGGUAUAUGGUGUUCCUUGCCCUUAAGCAUUAAUAUUUCUCUUAAAACUGUUUCCUGUUUUAGGGGGUGGUCAGACCAGCAAAACAACAGGUUUUGGAGGCUCUGUGGCAAUGAGCGAUGAGUUUUUCGUUCUGUGUUAUAGCUAAGAUGCGGACCCCGUCAGUUGCGUACGUAGUAGAUUUAUCGGUGAGCAUUUGCAGUGAAAUAAAUAUAUCAGUGAGAAACUAAGCCAAAAUUUGUUUUUCAAUUACUUUGAUCAUUGGCCUUUUGGAAGUAGCUCUAUCAAUUAGAAAAUGAGCCCAUUCUUUUUUUA